AUGAGCGAAGAUUUUCUGGCUGCGCCUGAUUAUUUCCGUGGCAUUAAUGUCCACGUGAAGUGCACGCCCUCUUUUUCGAGCAGAAUCAUUUGUCUUGCGUACAAUUCGGAUCGGCAAUUGGAUUUGCGGUUUUUUAUAAAACAUUCAGACCCAUUGCCCUCUUCCUCCAGCACCAUCCAAUGCACGGGCGCUCUUCUUUCUGUCGAGCUGGACGACACCUUCCCACAGGGCUAUGUGCAAGUGAAUUCUUCGCCAUAUUUUGGCUUGCUCGGGUGCCUUCAGAUUGAUCGCCUGGCAUAUAUCCUUUUGAUUUCCAGGGCCACGCCAAUAGCUGUUACGCUUGGCGAUCCCAUGUAUCAAAUUAACCAUGUCGAGGCCAUUUCGUUAACUGAUGCAAAGUAUGAUUUAUUUUCCCCCGUUCCAUGGGCGUCCUCGAUUUCUGAGGCGUCCGUGGAGAAAUCUGCCUCUUGUAUUGACAUCCUGAAGGUUUUAAGCGAUGGUACAUUUUAUUUUUCGCUUUCCUCCAACCUUUCUCUUUUGACACAAAAGAGGUUGGCACCCUAUCCGCCUUCGCCAGUAUUUCCGGAUUGCCUUUCACACUUUUGUUGGAAUGAAUAUCUUAUUGAGCCUUUCAUUUCCUUUUUUAAAAGUAAUUCAUCGGCCGAGCCCCGACUAACCGAAGCGUUUUCUUCGCCUCCUUUUCGAAUUCAUAUUAUCAGAGGAUAUGUUGGGCAAUUUUUCUUAACCGGCGAAGAGUCAGCGGAAGAAAUGCCCGAUAAUGUCGAGGAAUUGAGCAUGAAAAAAUAUAGCCUCAACUCGCUGGUAAAAUCCAGUAUUUCCAGUGCACUAAGAAUGGCAUCGACUCGUUUGGGUCUUGGUGCAUCUGGAACAUCGGGCUCCAAAUAUUCCAAGAAUGCCACCUUACCGUCGUUAACUAUAUCGUUUGAUGAAACCUCCACCCUUGACAGUAGCAAUUCUUUCUUGUUAAUUUCACGGGUCGGCUCGAAAAGAGCCGGAACCAGGUUCUUGACACGAGGAGUUGACGAUGACGGAAAUACUGCCAAUUUUGUGGAGACCGAAAUGAUUUUGGAGACGGACGGAAAACUUUUUUCAUUCGCCUCAGUCAGGGGUUCCGUGCCAGUGUUUUGGGAGCAACAGGGCUUCCAAAUUGGAAACCACAAGAUACAAUUUACGCGAAGCUUGGAUGCCAGCGACCUUUCAUUUAGGGAGCAUUUUAGUGAUCUGCUUCAUAUGUAUUCUUCCCCGGUCUACGUGGUCAAUCUCCUGUCUUCGGAUAUUAAUCAGCCCGAAAAUGCGCUUAGUCGUCGCUUUUAUAGGCAUAUACAAAUGCUAUCCAAAACACCCGCUGGCUCUUCAAUCCACUAUGUUCCAUUUGACAUGAAUUCUGUACUCGGGGGAGUUGCUUAUGACUCGCUUGCUGCAAUACUGUCCUCCGUGAUCACGGUAAAUUUCAUCGAAAAUAUCGGGCUUUUUAUUUUUGACAAGAAUCGAUCGGCCAUUCUGUCUACACAGAAAGGCGUCUUUCGCAUCAAUUGUCUUGAUUGCCUAGAUAGGACUAACGUCAUUCAGUCGCUUAUUUCACAAUCCGUUUUGAAGCACAUACUUUUACAAGUGGGGGGCGGAUCCAUUUUAAGCACAGUUUCGUCUACAUCGUCGUUUUCUUCCAAGUUCAACUGUGCAUGGGCAGAUAACGGAGAUGCGCUUUCUUUUUUAUAUACGGGAACGGGGGCCUUGAAAUCCGGAUUUACUCGCACCGGGAAAAGGACCCUUUAUGGGAUCGUCGAUGAUUUGAAGAAAUCCACGCAACGGUUCUAUGUGAAUACUUUUCAAGAUAAGUAUCGACAGAAACUGAUCGACUAUAUUCUGGGCAAGGGUCCGUCCAAAAUUCAUUUGUUCUCCGACAAAGCUGCUCUCAACAUCGACUCGCCUUUUACCGAAUGCCGUGAUAGCCAUUUUGAAGACGAAAUGCCGCUUUGUGCGCCCAAAUUUAACCUAUUAAUUUAUUGCUGCACCUAUAAUAUUGGCGGUGAGCUGCCUGAGCAUAUAAAUUUCGGCAUGCUUUUAAGACCGCUUUGGAAAGCCUGCAAUGACCAAGCGCCAGAUAUGUUUGUCAUAUCGCUACAAGAGGCUGUUGAGCUGUCUCCUCACCAGGUGUUAACUUCAGAUGAUACUUCUCUGGCAUCCAUGUGGGAAAGCCACAUUGAAAAAUAUUUAACCGGAUUUUUCCCCAAAACCAAAUACAUUUUCCUUUCCUCCAUUCAGAUGGUUGGGCUAGUUAUGAUCCUAAUCAUAUCUAAGCCGUUGCUUCCACAAAUAAGAAAGGUAGAGCGCUUUACUGGCUUUGGCGGUGUUACGGGAAACAAAGGAUCCAUCGGGUUGCGCUUUGAGCUUGAAAUUGGCACCAGUUUUUGCUUCAUUAAUUCUCAUUUUUCAUCUGGACAUGACAACGUGACCCUUCGUAAUAGAGAAUACUAUUCCGUUUUCAACGACACCGUAUUUCCCUCCGGGCUUUCCAUUGAUUGCCAUUCGUAUGGUUCUGUAUUUUAUGCUAGUAAUAUCAUUUGGAUGGGAGAUCUGAACUACAGGAUAGAUGUUCCCUUGGAUGCAUUUAAAAUGGACAACAUCUCAACGGAGUGGUUAUUGUCGCUGCUUCCAAAUGACCAGCUGCUCAAAGAAAAGCAAUCCGGGGCUAUUUUUGAUGACUUUAAGGAGGGUGCAAUCUCAUUUCCACCUACGUACAAGUUCUCCUCAAACGCGAACACCCUUGCUAAGCCCCUAGAUCUCGAAUCCCCGGGUGGACAGAUAGAAUUCUAUUUCAAGCCGAAAAAAUGGUAUUCCGUGUCGUGUUAUUUGUGUACUAGAACCUGA